AUUUCAAAAUCUGGAUCUUUUAUAAAUAAGUACGUUAUUUAACCAACUAUAGCCUUACACUAAUGGACAAGAAGUCCGAGUCUGAUUCUAUUGAUGAUGGAGUCUCAGAGGCAGAGAGCUGCUCUGCCUCAUGCUUGGGUGCUACCGGAGGCUCAGACUCACGGGUGGACUCGCAGCUGGCUGAUGCUGUACGCUUAAAGACGGAGGGUAAUGCAUUUUACCGCGAGAAGAAUGUGCGCAGCGCCAUCGGACGUUAUCACCGCGCCUUGCUUGUGCUUCGUGGUCUGGACUCAGAAGUGACAUCAAGUCUUAAGGCCUUUAGACCCCAGUCUCCUACCCUCACACCAGAGCAAGAGGAACUGCUCAGGAGCACGCAGAUUGACUGCUAUAACAACCUAGCAGCGUGUUUACUGCAGCGUGAAGUUGUGGACUACGCCCGUGUGCAGGAGUACAGUUUGAAGGUACUGCAGUGGAGGGCUGGAGAUAUUAAAGCCCUGUACAGAGCUGGAGUAGCCACCCUGGAGCUCGGUGAUGCUCAGACUGCCCGACAUUACCUUCUUCAAGCCAGCAGAGGGAAACCUAAUGAUGCCAAUGUCAAGAAACAGCUCCAGCGGGUGGAAGAGAGACUCAGCAAAGACUUCGAAAAGGAGAAAGCUCUCUACAAAGGCAUGUUCAAUAAACAGAAACAAGCAGAAGAAGAGGAUGCUGUAGAGAAGAACCCAAACCAGGUGUGAGAACUCGGAAGAUCUGCACCAGCUGAAAAGAUGAAGAAUGAAACUGAAGAGAAAGGGCUUACCAAAAUGUGGGCUACACGUUGCCCAGGGCAUGGAAUAUAAACCCCAGUAAGGGGUUUAAUGAGAGUACAGAUCUCUUGCCAAGACUGAAUCAGAAUGAGGGCACACUGUUAUGACUGGGCAGUUUGAAAAUUAAAAGCCUUAUUAGUCCAUUGACUGUGGCUUCACCAGAUAUCAGUUAACUGCUGUUCAGGUUUCUGUUUCCUCUGUGUGUAAGUUUAUACCAUCACAUGAGAGCUUGUCAUCUUUCAGCACUGUUCUAUAAUAAAUAUUUUUUGAAAAU